AUGAAAGCCCCUUCAACUCUACUUCUACGGGCUAUGUUGCGCCCACAGCAGCCUCUAUGCCAGGUCAGAUGGAAGUCAGACUGGAUGCCCAGGGAAAAGUACGCGAAAAUCACAACUCUGGACAAGCUACACCGAAGACAAAAAGCGGCCAUUCGAAAAGAAAAACAGGACAGCAAAGAUCGCGCUGCGAACAUGUACCCUGUAUCAACUCCUUCAGCAACACCCUCCCCGAUGCAGCAACAACAGCGGCAUCAGGAGUCGCCUACUCAACAAUCUUCCUUUCUCAUGAGCCAGAUCCAGGAUCAUAACUUGACGCCCACGCUCUCCCCGCUCCCGUACAUGAUCAUGCGCACCCCGUCGAAAAACCUCCCAAUCUACCAUAGCGCCAAAGCCGGCGGCUCCAAGCACAUCACGACCAUCCGCAAGAUCAAGGGUGACCUGCGGGAACUAGCGAAUGCCGUGCGCACGGCUUUGGGGUUGGAAGAAUACAUGACCGACGCGCGAGGACGGAGGAAAGCCAAUAUUGUGAUCAAUUGGACGAUACGGCAAGUGGUUAUUCGGGGCUGGAGGGGCCCAGAGAUCAAGCGGUGGGCGGAGAUGAGUGGGUUUUGA